AGGCUCAUCAGAGGAGUGCGGCGUGAAUGCUCCUUGUGUCUCCAAGAGGUGUCGGCUGAUCUCUUCCCGACCCUUUUUUCAUGCCCACACUCUGCUUGUCUUCCCUGUUUAAAACAAUAUUUGAAAGUAGAGAUUACAGAAUCGAGAGUUAACAUUAGCUGUCCGCAGUGCAACGAACUCAUGCAUCCCACAGAUAUUCAUCAGAUUGUUGCAAAUGAUUUGCUAUCAGACAAGUUUGAAGACUUCAUGUUGCGCAGGGUGCUAUCCAUGGACCCAGACACACGGUGGUGUCCUGCCCCAGACUGUGGGUUUGCAGUAAUUGCAACAGGAUGUGCUGGAUGUCCAAAGCUGAAAUGCGAGCGUCCUGGCUGCGGAAGCUAUUUUUGCUACCACUGUAAGGCUGAAUGGCACCCUAACCAGACCUGUGAUAUGGCUCGAGCUCAACGUUCACCAAUAAGUAAUACAUAUAUAUAUAUUUCUUUUUUAGAUGACGAUGUCAAAUCAUGCCCAAGAUGCCAAGUGUUGAUUAUGAAGAUGGAUGACGGUUCAUGCAACCACAUAACAUGCAGUGUGUGCGGAGCAGAAUUCUGCUGGCUGUGCAUGAAAGAAAUUUCUGACUUGCAUUACCUAAGCCCAUCAGGGUGUACCUUCUGGGGCAAGAAACCAUGGACAAGGAAGAAAAAGAUCUUGUGGCAGCUUGGAACACUAAUGGGUCCACUUGGCAUAGGGCUUGUUGCAGGCCUAGCUGUCCCUGCUAUGAUUAUCGGGAUCCCCAUAUGGGUUGGACGCAAAUUGCACGCGCGAUACUCUAAUGGUAGCAGGCAUCGUCGAAAUUUGGCUGUAGUUGGUGGUGUGACUGCUUCAGCUGUAAUAUCACCAGUGCUUGCAGGAUUAGCAGUGAGCAUAGGUGUGCCAAUUUUAUUGGCGUAUGUGUAUGGUGUUGUCCCAAUAUCUUUGUGCCGUUCAGGAGGCUGUGGUGUUACAACUUCAGCCUCUGGUGUUAUUGCUUUUGAUGAUGAAAAUGACAUGGUAUUUGGAUUACCUGGAAGACAAUCAGAAUCAAGCCAUGUGGGAGGUGGAACAGCCAGCAUUGGGGAGAUGUCUUGUGAGUCUGCCAGCAACACAGCCAUUGCCCCAGCAUCCUUGACAGGCUCUAUAGCUUCCUCAUGCAUCUCUAGAAACAAACAGAACUUGGGAGUAUUUCACUUAUGUGUCUUCAGUGAUAUGUUGCUUUUGUGUUUUAACAGAUUGGAAGUUCAUGUAGAUAUUGCACAUGGUGCUCGUUCAAUCGCCAGUGGGGAAACUGCUUCAUUAGCAAUAUCAGAGAGAUCAACCCACACAAUGGACACAGACAAUGCAUCAACCCGGGCUUUAACUGGUUCUCUUUUGCAGUACAAGGUAUCAGAGAGCGAGGCUGAGGAAGAAGCAGGAGCAGGAGGGGACAGUGCCAGCAGGGUGUUAGAGGACGGGGUCGGUGUAAACCCUCACAUUACCAGCCUUUACAUCCACUCCAUUCCACCCUCGGCAAGUGAUAACAACUCGGCUGUCUUGACCCAUGAUGCCAGUAGUGACCAAGGUGCCACAGACUUACGACUAGAUAGUGUAAGUGCAAUAAUCACUGCCAGACAGUUUGCUCGGCGCCACAGUUCCUCAAGCAAGGGAGUGACCUUUCUAGGAGACAGCUGCGAGGCCAGUGACCAUGUCGCUCUCACUUUGGAUGAUGAUGACGAGCAUGAGAAUGGGUCAGACAGUCUCUUUGGUAAUGAGGAGAUUCCUGGAAAUUGUCCAAAUAUCACUCCUAUGGUGGAUCUGCAAAAUGAAAGUGAGAGGGCAGUUACACACAAAAACCCAGGAGGAAGGUUGUUGCAUAAAAAUGUUUUGUUCAGCAAUAGCACCUCUACCUUGCCAUUAGUCCAUGAAAGCCAGAGAAAAAAGAAGAGCAAAGGAGAGAGCAGCAAGCGUCGAGCAUCCAGUGCAGAAGGCAAAGUGCGGAAUUCCAGUAAACCAGUGCGAUGCGAGUCCUUCCCCAAGCUGGAGAGCCAGUGAGUCUGUGAUAAUCGCAUCUUCCUUUAUAUUCACUGAUGGGUAAGAUAAGGACAUAUUAAAAAUCUUCAGUGUGAUAUCCCAAUUGGGAAGCUUUACAUUUAGUAUGUUUAAGCACAAAGAAAAUAUUUGAAACUAGUUUAUUGUAUUUGGAGACGCAACAGGUCUGCAUUAUUUUAAUUGACAUUUUGGGUACCAACUCUUGGUUCAUAAAAUCUCUGCAGGAGGUGGAGUUAUAUAUUAGUAAAGCAUGGUCACUUUUUCUAUGUUGUUAUUAUUUUGGUCAAAUUAGCCAUGUUGAAAGAAAUUGGUAUUUUCUUGCAAAUAUGUUCAUGAGAAAAUUAUGAAUCUUUUAAGAUUAGAAAUAAAUUCUGGGAUGUUUCUCCUUUCCUCCCUCUCCUUCCUCCUUCUGCUUCCCCCCCUCCUUCUUCUCCUCUCCUCUCCUCACUCUUCCUGCCAUUCUCCUCUCUCCCCUCUGCUUUCUCUGUCCUCCCUUGUCUCCAUCCCCAUCUUUUUCCUUUGCUUCAUUACACAUACUUUGUCUUUGGUAAGCUUCCAUUUGUAACUGUAUGGAUGAAAUUCUUUUUGUGUUCCAUGGAGCUUUCUGUGCUGAAAAAAGUAUUUACUAACAUAGAAUUCAUGUCCAUUUGAAUGAAGAUGAUUACAAUGUUAUAAAUGUGUUUAGUGUAUAUUGGCUAUCCUUUUUCUUUCUUCUUUCUUUUUUGUAUCCCCUUUUCUUCAUCAUGGGUUUUAAUUAAGGUGCAUAUUUUGAAGAAGAUGGUGAUAAGUGCAGGUUCCUGAGUUUCUCAAUAUAACAACUUGUCAGCAUAAGCAAGUGUAGUGUGAGGAGCAUUCCAGAAUUUGGCCGUGCUUUACUCCAAUAAACAUUCCAGCCUCAGUGUUAUUGUGGAUGUAGAUACUGUACAGUUUAUUAAUAGCGCUGGCAAAUAUUUGUACCUUUCUAGUCGUUGCAGAAUCAUGAAGCUGUGGACUUUGUGUUUAUACCGUAGUGUAAUGAUAGACAGUGGAUGUUGCAAGUGUACUUUUUUUGCACUUGAUUCAUGGAAUUUUCUUAGAUGUAUUUGAAUAUGAGGUUUUGUGAUUAAAGCAGAAAAUGCUUCAAAAUUAUUGCUCCUUAUAGGCACAAGGAAACUGUCCAUAGCAUUACAGUGGAUCAUUUAUCUUUUAUAAAUGUUUUUGUAAAGCAAAAUGCCUUGCUUUUUAAAGUUUGGAAGUAAGCAUAUGGGUAUACUGAUGUGAGUUGCAGCUGCUUUCCAUCUAAUUAGUUGCAACAAGAAUUACUUCUCCUAUGUGCAUUAUCUGCAUGGAAGUGCCACACAACUUACAACUGCAUUCACUCUUUACAGAAGAGAAAGGGUGUUUUAUGCAGGUAAAGAAACAAACACAGAUUUGAUGUCUGUUGUUGAUUUUUUUUUCUUUUUAUCUAUAUGAAUAAAUGUAUAAUAUAUGUAUAUUAACAUAAUGAACAACAUUCUUAGUAUAAAUUAAAGAUAUCAUUUUUAUUUACCCUUUCCUUUAUGAAACGUAAGUGUAUGAUAAACUAGUAUGAAAGACAAACAUACUGAAUAACAGAUGUGUAUGCACAGAUACAGAUGCUCCUAAACAGAAUCACUUAUAUUUACAAGCCCUCAUUCAGCUCAGGCCUCAUCUCCCAUCUUUCAGCUCAUUUGAAUGCAAUCAUUAUUUAUAUAAUAACAGACUUAUUGAUCAAUGUAGGUACAAUUGCAUCAUGAUACAUCCUAACCACUUAGAGCAUUGAGGUGUACUCUGCUCUCAUAAUACACUUGUAGAAUAAACACAAGUUGUACAUGUUAUCUUGGAGAAUAUUUAUAGUUUCUUCUGGUUGCAGUCCAUUUUUCCCAAACAGUUACAAGAUGUAACUUAAUAUGGUUAUUAUCCCAUAAGGCUUUUUAUUAGGUGCUAUGCAGACAAGUACCCAGAAACGACCAAGUUCUUUUUUUUUGUAAAUAUGGGUAUAUGCAAAAAAACAAACACAUCGGGAGAAUAAUGAAUGAUGUAUAGAUAAGUCGAGAUAAAAUAGGUAAAUGAAGAAAAAAAAUGAUAAAGGAAAAUGCUUUUAAUAAAGUUAACAAAAAUUAUGGCAUAUUUCUUCCAUGCAGGUAAUUGCAUAACAUGGUAAAUGUGUACGUGAUUGUUAUCGUAUACCUAUAGUUAAUGAAAUUAACUGUAAACCUUAAAAAAAAGUGGAAUGAAAAUGUAUUCAGUAACCAGUAAAAUAACUUCAGAAUAUUUGGAAAUCAUUAUCAUUUUGAUGAUGAUGAUGAUGAUUAUUUUCUCUGUGGCUUUACUAAGAUAUUGUUGUUUAUGUUCUUACAAUAACAAGAACCUGUGAAAUUGUCAGUAUUCUUCUAAAGAAAUGUCAGGCAUUAAUAAACCUUUUUCUUCA